GAACAAGUGUCUGAACGAAAAGAGGCGCCGGGAACAGGAGAACUCGUACUACGAAGAGCUGGCCGAGCUGAUCCAGGCGUCGCUGGAAGACAUGAACGCGUCGUCGGCCAGGUCCGUGAAGCCAGACAAGUGCGCCAUCCUGCAAGAAACCGUGAACCAGAUUCAUAGGAUCCAGCAGGAGGACAAGGCCCGUGCCGCGGCGGCCGUGGCGCCGGACGCCGUCCAGCAAAGCGACGUGUCGUCCACCAAGCCCACCAUCUUGGCCAACGAAGUCCUGGGACCUCUAUUGCUUGAGGCGCUGGACGGAUUCCUCUUCAUGGUGAGCUCGGAAGGCAAGGUGGAGUUUGUGUCGGAGAACAUUCGACAGUUCCUCAACUACUCGCAGGACGACCUGGUGGGCAAGAGCAUCUACAACAUCAUCCAC